AUGGCAGGACGUACAAUGUACCUUCGGAUGUUUCUGGCCUUCGUCACAGCGAUGACCAUCUUCCUCGGCGGCCAUUGGAGUACAGUGGGCCCCCGAGACCUCCUGACCCCACCGGUGCCUGGUGUUACCGCAGGUGAAACAGCACAUCCAGCUACAGCUACAGCUACCGCUACAAAGGUCGUUCUCCUGGCUUACAUGAGGAGUGGAUCAAGCCUCACAGGCGAUGUCGUACAACAGAGCCCGGAUGUAUUCUACAUGUUUGAACCGUUAUACUCUAUGCAGAAACAGUUAUCUCACUAUUUUGACAUCAACAACAAACGGUUUAACUCUAAAAAAAGAAAGAGACACCAACACAUUCUGGAAUCGUUACUGACCUGCAACCUGACAUCCCUGGACUAUGUGACCCUCACUCAGCAUCACCUGAAGAACAGCUUCAGCACCAACGACUACUACAACUGCACCAGGAAUGUGGAAUCGAUAUCCGGUUUACACGAAUGUCUCGAACCCGUCUUGUCAAACUGUGCCAAGUCAAGGGUUGUAUUUGCCAAAGUCAUCCGCACAAACAUGGUCGAUAUGUAUCACCUCCUGUCCAAAUAUCCACAGUUUAAGGUCAUUCAUCUUCUUCGGGACCCCAGAGGCCUUCUGGCUUCACAAGAUAACGUCGGGCAUCUACCUGAUGGUAUUACUGCUUCAGCAGAGGCAACCUGUAACCAAAUAUAUUCCGAUGUUCAGAAGUCUAUCAGAUAUAAGAAGAGGUUCCCUGGUCGCGUAUUAAGUGUGCGUUACGAGGACAUUGCACUCCACCCACUUCAUAUGUCUAAACAAGUCUACGAUUUCCUGGGAAUAGAUCUUACAACCAAAAUAAAAAACUACAUCUUGGAUAUGACAG